AUGGCCGAGGCUUCGCGAUGGCACCGAGGCGGGACUUCGACACAUAAUCUGCAUUACAGAAAGGAAGUAGAAAUUAGAACCACACUUCAGGAGUUGUUACUGUACUUUAUUUUUUUAGUAAACCUAUGUAUAUUGACUUUUGGGAUGGUAAACCCACAUAUGUAUUACUUAAACAAGGCUAUGUCAUCUCUAUUUUUGGACACUUCUGUGCCUGGUGGUGAAAGAACGAACUUUAAGUCUAUUCGAAGCAUAACUGAUUUUUGGAAGUUUAUGGAAGGACCCCUUUUGGAAGGUCUGUACUGGGACUCGUGGUACAAUAACCAGCAGCUGUAUAAUUUAAAGAACAGCAGUCGCAUUUACUAUGAGAACAUACUUCUAGGAGUCCCCAGAGUUCGUCAACUAAAAGUCCGCAACAACACAUGCAAGGUUUAUUCAUCCUUUCAGUCGUUUAUGAGUGAAUGUUAUGGCAAAUAUACUUCCAAAAAUGAAGACCUGUCUGAUUUUGGCCUUAAACAUGAUACUGAAUGGAAGUACUCUGCUUCUAAUACCAACUCCCCUUGGCACUGGGGAUUUGUUGGUAUUUACCGAAAUGGGGGAUAUAUUUUCACUUUAUCCAAAUCAAAAUCUGAAACCAAAAACAAGUUCAUUGACCUUCGACUGAAUAGCUGGAUCACAAGAGGGACCAGAGUUAUUUUUAUUGAUUUCUCAUUAUACAAUGCUAAUGUAAAUCUGUUUUGCAUCAUCAGAUUGGUGGCAGAAUUCCCUGCAACUGGAGGAAUACUUACUUCAUGGCAGUUUUAUUCUGUAAAGCUCCUCAGAUAUGUUAGCUACUAUGAUUAUUUUAUUGCUUCCUGUGAAAUCACAUUUUGUAUUUUUCUUAUUGUCUUCACAACACAAGAAAUCAAAAAAAUAAAAGAAUUUAAGUCUACCUAUUUCAAAAGUAUUUGGAACUGGUUAGAAUUACAACUUUUGCUGUUGUGUUUUGUGGCUGUUUCCUUCAACAUAUAUUGUAAUAUACAAAGUUUUCUCUUACUUGGACAGCUGUUGAAAAGUACUGAAAAAUAUUCAGACUUCUAUUUUCUUGCAUACUGGCACAUUUAUUACAAUAAUAUUAUUGCUAUUACUAUCUUCUUUGCAUGGAUAAAGAUAUUCAAAUUCAUAAGCUUUAAUAAGACAAUGUCUCAGCUUUCAUCAACAUUGUCCCGCUGUAUCAAAGACAUAGUAGGAUUUGCCAUCAUGUUUUUUAUAAUAUUCUUUGCUUACGCCCAGUUAGGAUUUCUUGUUUUUGGAUCACAGGUUGGCGACUUUUCCACUUUUCAAAAUUCCAUAUUUGCACAAUUUCGAAUUGUUCUUGGAGAUUUUAAUUUUGCUGGUAUUCAGCAAGCCAAUCAGAUCUUGGGACCCAUUUACUUCAUAACUUUCAUCUUUUUUGUGUUCUUUGUCCUGCUGAACAUGUUCUUGGCAAUAAUUAAUGACACCUAUUCUGAAGUUAAAGCCGACUAUUCAAUAGGCAGAAGGCCAGAUUUUGAAUUUGGUAAAAUGAUUAAAAACAGUUAUAAAAAUGCUCUUGAGAAACUCAAACUGAAGAAAGCUCAAAAAGAAGACAACAAAACUAGCGGAAGCAGCAGAGAUUUGGCUGAACAAGCCAGAAGAGAAGGCUUUGAUGAAAAUGAGAUUAAAAGGGCAGUGCAGAUGAAAAAAUGGAAAGAGAGGCUUGAGAAAAAGUACUAUUCUACAGAAAUUCAAGAUGACUAUCAGCCAGUCACUCAACAAGAAUUUCGAGAUGGCACCACAACCAAGUACAAAAUGAGAUUCUCUGAGUGCGUGACAAAAUGA